UGAAAGGUUGCUAACGACGAAGAGCCGGCAUCCGAACAAACAUUUUCCCAGUAAUAUCUCCCAGUCUUCCUACCUGUGCGUGUGUACGGUCCGCGAUUUUGUACUUGAGUGCUUGAAUAGGCAAUGUAAACAUAUCCUCUACACAAACUGACCUAGGCCAGGAAAUCCGAGGACGUAACUGACCUAAGUAAAUCCCCAGAAAAGCAUCCCAGGUCUUGGACAAUAUUAAUAAUGAAUAAGUAACCCAGUCAUUUCAACGGAAUGGAUCCAAAUAUCGUUAGUUAAGACGUUCGAAAAAUAAAGCAUUCCGUCAAUUGCUAGUCGUAGUCUUCGCUAAACUUUUCGUUAGUAAUAUCAGUUUGAAUUGCAUAUUGUAUUUAGAUUCCUGCAACAAUUGGGCAUAAGCUAAGGCAAAUUAACCAUGCAUACUUCCCAACAUCGCUCGCUUAAACUAUAAAUGGUUGUGAAAUGUAGAGUGUUUGAGUAGGACUUUAAAUAGGAAAUCGUAGUUGACUAUACCGUUACUACCGUGCUUUCUCCAAAAAUGUUGUAGUUAAGUUAGGCAUUACUUCUUACAAAUUAAAUGAUGCAAUCAAGACUGUAGUUGUCUGGCCAGAAAUUAAAUAUUAACAGUGAGCAGUGAAAAAUUAAGAAAGUGCGCUAUACAAACAUACAAAAUUAUUAAAAGUGCUGGAAAAUGUGAAAAAAUUGAAAUCAGAAUUGAAAACGUGCGGGUAUUGAGUUAAAAAACUGUUUAAAUGUUCUCCACACUGGCUUUGCCGCAUUGAACCUGGCAUCAUUUCUCUCAUCUAUGCGCAACUAAUUUGCAAUGAUGAGUUAUCAGAAAGGUCUCAAGGAUCCAAACUUGGACAGGCACACCAGUAAAGCCAAGUCCCGGCAUUUCACGGUCAACGGUCUUCUGAGUGCCAAUAACACGCUCCAGCAGCAGCAGCAGAACCAGUACAACCUGCAGCCAUCGAAUGACAGUCGCAACAUCUACAACAACCCCUAUAUUCCGCCGCAGCAGCAGCAACAGCAGCAACAGCUGCAGCAGCAGACCCAGCAGCGCACCGCCCACCUGUUCAAGGCGCUAGCCGCCUCCGCUGGCGGCACCAACAGCCUGACCCAUCCCUACGACUUCUCCAACUCAUCGACCUCCUCCAACGCCAACAAUGAGCACCAGGGAUCAUCCUCGUCGGAAGCGGAAAACGCCUUCCUAACUCAUAAUAACGAGCGGACCCCGUCAGAGCAAGAGGUAAACGAGAGUUUGUUUAGCAACAAAUUACGCAGGAAGCGCUUGGAAAAGGAGUGCGGUCCUGAGAUUUAUGUGGGUGCAGUUAGCGACGGAGGGAAUCGGGAUCAUCGCCAUGAUGAUGAUAUCCGGGAAUUGAAUCAUCGCCGGGCUCAGUACGUGUACUCCAAUCGGAGGUCUCAGUGCCUUCCGCUUAAAGCCAUCCUGAAAGCAGGAGCUACCCCUGCCAGAUCUCUCAACGUUUGCUCAACUUCCGAGAACCAGCAUCGUAUUCCUGCCAUUUGUUGUUCCGCUCCUUAG